UUUUUUAGACUCAUGUACAUAUCCACAUUUUUGUACCAAUGGCUUUCAAACUGUUUAAAUCAUUGUGAUAUAUUAGGAGAAAUAUAUCAAUAAUAAUAAGCUCAUAACCAUUUUACUUCUGUAAUUUGUCAUAUUUUCAAGUUAUACUGUACUACAUGUAAGUUUUAACUCUAUAGCUCCAAUGAGAUCCUCUUGUCUCAUUAUCACAGGAGGGUUAGAGAGUGGUAUCGUUGGAGGCAGAGAGGUUAAACCUCAUUCCAGACCAUACAUGGCAUCUCUCCAGUAUAAAAGACACCAUAAGUGUGGAGGGAUGCUGAUUAAGGAUGAUUAUGUGCUGACAUCAGCCCACUGUUUUAAUAAGACCUCCAACUUAGAAGUUGUUCUGGGAGCUCACAAUAUCAGCCAGAAUGAGGAGAGCCAGCAGAUAAUCCAAGUAGAGAAGUACAUCCCACAUCGCAAUUAUACAAACAAUGACUUCACCUAUGAUAUUAUGUUACUAAAGUUGAAGACCAAAGCUGUGCGGAAUGAGUUUGUGGAUGUUAUCGAUCUACCUAAGAACAAUGAAAAUGUUCCUGCCCGUGUGGAAUGCUCCAUUGCUGGCUGGGGUAUGAAAAAACCCAGAGGAGAAGCAUCAAGGGUUCUGCGGGAAGUCAGCCUCAAAUUGCAGUUCAGCUUUGAAUGUAAAAAUAAGUGGCAUGACCAUUUCAACUCUGAGAAAAUGAUCUGCAGUGUCUCAGAUGGGAAAAGGGCUUUCUGUCAGGGUGAUUCUGGCAGUCCACUUUUUUGUAACUCUAAACUUCAAGGAAUGGCUGCAUACACAUAUCCUGAUAACUGUACAUCCAAGAAGUAUCCGGAGGUCUACAUGAAAAUAUCUGCCUUCCUUCCGUGGAUUAGGAAGAACAUUAAGUGAAUGUAAUAGCAUCUAAUU